GCCCUCUGGCUGUCCUUUGCUGUGACCUGGCCUCUGACUGCUGAUUGGAGCCGGCCUGGUGUUCGUAUAGGUGUGUGUGAGGAGAUGAAGUCCAGUAUGCGUCAGUGGCGGAGGCUGGUGUUAGUGGGCAUGUUGGCAUGGGCCCUCCUCUUCCUGGCUCUGCUAUCCUACUUCCUGGACGCCCGUGUGGACAACGAGGCCCUGACCUCCGCUGGCUCCUCGCUCUCCCAGCACCCCGACACGCGCCGCUUGUCCUCCAUUCAAGCCGCCUCCCACCAGCAGCGCCAUUCCAUCAUAGGCUCCCAACCCGAACCCGCCUACACCACCUUUACCACCAUCUACCCCAACCCAGACCCUAACUCUAACCAUUACCCAGACUCAGAAGCAGAGCCUAGCCCCACUUCCACCACCCCAGAACCUGGCCUGGAGCUGAGCCAGAGCCCAGACAGCGGUCCCUACGGGACCAGCCAGGAGGGGGAGGGGGGCAGCCGACAGCAGCAGGACUACCUGGACCCCCAGACCCUGGCUGCAUGGUCCUCCUUCGGCACGGAGAACGUGGGUUCCCACUCCGACCAGACAGUGACCCGUAGCCGCGAGAGAACCACCUGGACCGCCUCCGAUGCUGACCGGGGGCCCAACCGAAUAACGCGCAGAUCCUCACGUGAGGACGAAGAGGCGGAGGAGGGGGUUCAGACGAACAACAGCCACAGGAGGAGGACCACAGUGUGGGGGCGUGGGGGGAAGAGAGAGGGGUGGGGAAAAGAGGAGAAUGAUUUAGAAGAAUACUACUUCUCCAAGUCGGCCUCUGUGGUCCAGCGACUUUGGCGGGGAAGUGUCUCCUCUGGAAUGCUGUCCCCGCGGCUGCAGCGCGCCAUGCGUGACUACCUGAGUGCCAACAAGCACCACGUGGCUUAUAAAGGAGGCAGGCGGGCCGCCCAGAGCUCCAGGGAACUGCUGUGUGAGCUGAAGGACCAGGCCAGGCUGAGGACACUGGACGGGUCCGAGCAGCCCUUCUCCUCGCUGGGCUGGGCCCACCUUGUGCCGCGCCUGGCCCUGGAGCAGCUCUACAGACAGGGUGGCCAGAGGGGCUUCAGGAGCUGUGCUGUGGUGACCUCCGCUGGGGCUAUUCUGCACUCAGGCCUGGGGAAGGAGAUCGGUGAGUGAAGGCUAGAGGGAGGGGAGAGGACAGGGGAUGGGAGGGGAUAGGGAAUAUGGAGAUGGAGGGCAGGGGGCAGGGGGAGGGAGGUAUGCAGGUUAAACGGGAGGAAGGGAUUGAAGGCGAACUGGGAUAUGAUGGCUGAAAUUUCUUGAAGCUUUUAUCGGUACAGUAAAUUGAAAAAACAAACACUUUGUUUUACCUAAUGCCCUGAUAAAUAGGACCCUGGUCUUGCCUAUGUGUGACUGUGUGUAUGUCAGAGUGUGAAAUACAGCAUUGAUCCUGAGCUGUUUUCUCUGUGACAACCCUGUCUCUGUGGCAGUCUGUCUAUGAGAGGGGAGAAUGAUGUCUCUUUACGAAGUGACAUCCACAUCAUUGAUUGGAAAGUACAUUUGUCAUGUAACGCUAUCGACUUCCCAAUUCGCCCCACAGCGUUAGUGUUAGCUUAGCGUAGCGCAGUGACGUGACAUUUUGGCUUGGGCUCUAAACUGUCUCACACAUCAAGUAAUAGACAUCUGUCACACUGUAGUAACAAUCUCUAUGAUUGGCUGAAAGGGCUUUGGCAUAAGUCAUUCAAAGCCAAUCAGAUCUCCAGAAGGGUCUUGAGGAGUUAGUUUGGAGAUCCUCUAUAUACUGUACCUCUAGAAUACUUUGGCUGACUGCAUUGCAGCUUGUCUUUGUGUGUGUUCUGUUUUCUGUGUUGGCGUCUCUAUGUGGGCAUGGGGAGAGUGAACUCGGGGCCAGCUGGCUGACUUGUUUAAUUGUAUAGAUUAGCAGGAAAUCAAACCAUAUUGAUCUCACUUAGUUACUCCACAUCUGCCCAAUGCUGAGGUGUUUCUGGAAAUACCUUCCUAUCUUCCCAUCCUUUCCUUCAUGUCAAAGUGUGUGUGUGUGUGUGUGUAUGUGUGUGUAUGUGUGUGUGUGUGUGUGUGUGUGUGUGUGUGUGUGUGUGUGUGUGUGUGUGUGUGUGUGUGUGUGUGUGUGUGUGUGUGUGUGUGUGAGCAUGUGAGUGUAUGUAUGAGGUUAUAGUCAAUAAGGUGAGAGGUUUGUGAAUCUGUAGUUGGACAUCUGUACCAGACUGUAAUGUUUCACUGGCACCGUGUGGUGAAUUGGCUGAAUAACACCCUCAACGGCCUUCUACAUUCCUCACUGCUCUCUCCCUCCACAGCUCUGUUCUUAACUGACAGCUCUGUUCUUAACUGACUUGCCUAGUUAAAUAAAGGUAAAAUAAAAUAAAAUGGUGGUACAUCCUGAAUAGGUACACAAAUGUAGAAAAAUGUAAUAUCCUCCUUUGCAUGUUUGGGUAUUAUUCUACACACUGGCUACUAUUCUAAUGAGCUCAUCCCAAAUAACACCAAAUUUGGUUGGUCCGGACCAGACCAAAUCUGUACCAAUCAUAGAUGUAUGUUUCACAAGUUUGGACAGUAAACUAGAGUAGAGUUCAGUACAGCACAGUAUAAUACAGUACAAUACAGUAAAUUAUACUGUAAUCUACUCUAGUAUGCUCUACUGUACUUAACUCGACUUUACAGUACUGUAUUGUACUGACCUCUACUCUAAUUUCCUUUACUGUACUGUGCUCUACUGCACUGUACUGUCCAAACUUGUAAAACAGACAUCUAUGAUUUUAUCUGUAAAAGGACCCGUAAGUAAGCAUUUCGCUGUUCAUUUACACCUGUUGUUUAAGAAGCAUGUAACAAAUAACAUAUCUUUUUUUUUAUUGGUUCAUAUUUUAGGUGUAUUUUUUGCCUUAUUCCGUUUAGUUUUUCCCCAAAUUCUGUUUUCUCUUUUUAGUUUUUCCAGGUUUUAGAUUUUUCAAAGGUUUUUAAAUUGUUUUUUGCUCUCAAAAUAGAAAAAUAGAAAACACAAAAUUGGAUGUUGUAAGUCCACAACAAUGCUUAAACCACAUCAGGAGACCACUUUUGAAGUCUGGGAAAAAUCAAAUAUAUUUUUAAUUUUGGGUGUAGAUACCCUUUAAUUCAGACUUAUUUAAGCGUGUGAUUGUAGAGUUUGCUAAACAAAUCACCACUGGAUUGAUGCAAAUAAUAAUGAUAUCAUUCUGCCAGGUAGGCAUAUGCUACUUUGUAGUUAACAUUUAAUUGAGCAGGUUUUUGGGAAAGCCUUUCCAUCUACCAGAAGACGGUUAUUAGCAUAAUCGCUAACGGCUACACAAAGUGGUAGACAAAAACACACUCACAGACAUGGGCAUUCCCGCGUCUCCUUAGAAAGUUUAAGGAAAAUACGAAUCACUGAUGCAUUUUGUUCAUGUCUUUUGAUAAUCUUUGGCAAAUGAAUACAUUUUCUAAUAAAUUCAAUACUUUUAGUGGAUUUCCUACUAAGUUCAAAAUAUUUUUGAAUAUUGUUGAAUUCCGUUUUAAUGUCUGGAUUCCGUGAUUCCGUCCACGUUCACCGCAUCGCGGAUUUUAUAGGGCCCUAAUAUUUGGACUGACCAAAUUUCAACUACUUUUCAACGUCCAUGGACUUCCGGUGUCCGUCGGUGCUCAGUGGGUGAGGAGGCUGGUUACAGUAAAUGGAAAGAGAGGGGGCUCAUGGGUAGGUGUCAGUAAGAGCUGGGAGAGGUAUCAUUAACUGGAGUGAGAGAGGGACAGGGGAGAGAGAGAGAGGGAGGGGUUGUCCAGACUGUUUUCACACUCUUGUUUGACCACCACGCGACAGAAAGAGAAAGAAAACAGUUCAGCUGAAUUUAACAGUAUGCCAGAGGACAGUAGCAGGUGACCUAACUGUGGUUUGUGACUACUAUGAUUUCCCAUUGUAGCCAAUUCAGUUGCAGUCAUUCUGUUAGUUUAUUUGGUAAUUAUGUUACCGAUUUGGCAAAACUAAAUAUAAAUGUUGAUAUUAGUUGGCAGGGGUCUUUACUUCAACAUGAUUGUGUUUUGAUGUAUUUCUAAUACCUUAAGACUUUUUCUGCUAAACGUUUUCUAACACCCCUUUUCCAUCUGUUUGACCUGAAAUCAAAGCCUUUGCUUAUUCCUAAUUUUUAGGAUGUAAAAUGGUUGAAAAAUGUUUAUAUAUGCCUUAAGUUCUCAAAAAUAUAGACUCAGCUUUCUUUUCUUUUUUUAAUGUAUUUUAUUUUUGUCUUAAAAAAAAAAAAAUUCCAGAUACAAACGUAUACAUACGAAUAACAACUUACAGACCCACACGAACAUUGACUACAUCUCAUCUGUCCAGACCCACAUGCUCACAUCCCCAUCCCUAGUGCCUGCAUUAUUGUUUGCCACUUGGCAUUAAAUUGAACCAAUUCGGUUUUUUUCGGUCACCCCAUGCUAUUUCAAUAAUUCAAUAAUAAAUAAUUCGAUUUUUCCAUUGUGAAAAUUGAUUUCCAAGUUUUUAGUAUACAUCUUUUCAAGAUGAGUGAUGAGAAGAGAAUCGUCUAGCCCAUUGGGUAUCUCACUACACCCCCAAAUGCCAUGUCUUGAAAUAUGCAGACAGACGGAUUAAAAGUAAAUUGACAUUUUAAUAGUUCUGACAGCUAACUUUAUAGCGCCGCCCAUAACUUUUGAACUUUAUAGCAUUCCCAGAAAUUUUUGAAAUGUUUCUCUUGUAUAAUACAUUCUAUACAUUAGUUUAUACUGGAUUAAGCGUACAUUUUCGUUAACUGUAAUUUCGUUAGUUAUGCUCCAACUUUCCCUCCAUCUUGUACCAACAUCAGUUAUUUUUAAGUCUUGGUUCGAAUAUUUUAUAUAUUUUUCUAAGAGAUUGGAAGUUGGAUAUGCUCUCUGCAAGGUUUUGUAUAUCUUCCCUAUUAUAUGAACAUCCUUUUCUGACUCAAAAUAAGAUUCCCUCAAGCUUGCUCUGAUGUCCAAAAGUUUUCAAAUCUAAAUUUUGUGAUAUGUAACUUUUAAGUUGCAUGUAUUUGAAACUAUCUACAUUGGUCAGUCCAAAAUUACUUUUUAAUUAUGUAAUGUAAAUAAAUGUAUUUCCUGUUACCAAGUCAUGCCUUUAGUUUUCCAUGUGGACCAAUUUAUCGGUGAAUUCUGAAAACCUAUCCUAUGAUUGUUCCAUAACGUUGUGUUUUUAGGGAGUGAUAUUGGUUCUUGUAGAAUACGUUUAACUUUCUUUCAUAUUGUUAGCUUUCAUUUGACACCAAAUGUGAUGUGCCCUUAUGAACUUCACGUUACUGCUCAUGGCGCCUUCGACAUGGAAAUGCCCAUAUUGCUUGUACUUGACUGUUCAUUUUAGAUCUGGGAAGUACACUACAGUUCAAAAGUUUGGGGUCACUUAGAAAUGUCCUUGUUUUCCAUGAAAACAUACAUGAAAUGAGUUUGAAUAGGAAAUAUAGCAAAAUGCAUAGGAAAUGUAGUCAUUGACAUGGUUAGAAAUAAUGAUUUUUAAUAUAAAUAAUAAUUGUGUCCUUCAAACUUUGCUUUCGUCAAAUAAUCCUCCAUUUGCAGCAAUUACAGCUUUGCAGACCUUUGGCAUUCUAGUUAUCAAUUUGUUGAGGUAAUCUGAAGAGAUUUCACCGCAUGCUUCCUGAAGCACCUCCCACAAGUUGGAUUGGCUUGAUGGGCACUUCUUACGUACGAUACGGUCAAGCUGCUCCCACACAGCUCAAUAGGGUUGAGAUCCGGUGACUGUGCUGGCCACUCCAUUAUAGACAGAAUACCAGCUGACUGAUUCUUCCCUAAAUAGUUAUUGCAUAGUUUGGAGCUGUGCUUUGGGUCAUUGUCCUGUUGUAGGAGGAAAUUUGCUCCAUUCAAGCGCCAUCCACAGGGUAUGGCAUGGCGUUGCAAAAUGGAGUGAUAGCCUUCUUCAAGAUCCCUUUUACCCUGUACAAAUCUCCCACUUUACCACCACCUCAGCACCCCCAGACCAUCACAUUGCCUCCACCAUGCUUGACAGAUGGCAUCAAGCACUCCUCCAGCAUCUUUUCAUUUAGUCUGCGUCUCACAAAUGUUCUUCUUUGUGAUCCGAUCACCUGAAACUUCGAUUUAUCUGUCCAUAACACUUUUUCCCAAUCUUCCUCUGUCCAGUGUGUGUUCUUUUACCCAUCUUAAUCUUUUAUUUUUAUUGGCCAGUCUGAGAUAUGGCUUUUUCUUUGCAAAUCUGCCUAGAAGGUCAGCAUCCCGGAGUCGCCUCUUCACUGUUGACGUUGAGACUGGUGUUUUGCGGGUACUGUUUAAUGAAGCUGCCAGUUGAAGACCUGUGAGGCGUCUGUUUCUCAAACUAGACACACUCAUUUAUUUGUCCUCUUGCUCAGUUGUGCGCCGGGGCCUCCCACUCCUCUUUCUAUUCUGGUUAGAGCCAGUUUGCGCUGUUCUGUGAAGGGAGUAGUACACAGUGUUGUGCGAGAUCUUCAGUUUCUUGGCAAUUUCUCACAUGGAAUAGCCUUAAUUUCUCAGAACAAGAAUAGACUGACGAGUUUCAGAAGAAAGUUAUUUGUUUCUGGCCAUUUUGAUUCUGUAAUCGAACCCACAACUGCUGAUGCUUCAGAUACUCAACUAGACUCAAGAAGGCCAGUUGUAUUGCUUCUUUAAUCAGCACAACAGUUUUCAGCUGUGCUAACAUCAUUGCAAAAGGGUUUUCUAAAGAUCAAUUAGCCUUUUAAAAUGAUAAACUUGCCAUUGGAACACAGGACUGAUGUUUGCUGAUAAUGGGCCUCUGUACGCCUCUGUAGAUAUUCCAUUAAAAAUUAGCAGUUUCCAGCUACAAUAGCCAUUUACAACAUUAACAAUGUCUACACUGUAUUUCUGAUCAAUUUGAUGUUAUUUUAAUGGACAAUUUGUUUUAGUUUCUUUCGAAAACAAGGACAUUUCUAAGUGACCCCAAACUUUUGAACGGUAGUGUGCCUUUUGAGAUGGGGGCUGCCUGGGGAUCCAGUAAUAGUACUUUAACAAUAUUGGUGCUCUGAAAAAUAAAUGGUCCUGUCCAUCAGCCAUACUAAAUCAAAUCAAAUCAAAUUUUAUUUGUCACAUACACGUGUUUAGCAGAUGUUAUAGCGGGUGUAGCGAAAUGCUUGUGCUUCUAGCUCCGACAGUGCAGUAAUAUCUAACAAGUAAUAUCUAACAAUUUCACAACAUAUACCUAAUACACACAAAACUAGUAAGGAAUGGAAUUUAAGAAAAUAUACAUAUAUGGACAAGCAAUGACAGAGCGGCAUGGACUAAGAUACAGUAGAAUAUUAUAGAAUAGAAUGCAGUAUAUACAUAUGAGAUGAGUAGUGCAAGAUAUGUAAACAUUAUUAAAGUGACUGUAAAUAUUGUUAAAGUGACUAGUGUUCCAUUUCUUAAAGUGGCCAGUGAUUUCAAUAGGCAGCAGCAUUCUCUAAUGUGCUAGUGAUGGCUAUUUAACAGUCUGAUGGCCUUGAGAUAGAAGCUGUUUUUCAUUCUCUCGGUCCCAGCUUUGAUGCACCUGUACUGACCUCGCCUUCUGGAUGAUAGCGGGGUGAACAGGCAGUGGCUCGGGUGGUUGAUGUCCUUGAUGAUCUUAAAGGCCUACCUGUGACAUCGGGUGCUGUAUGUGUCUUGGAGGGCAGGUAGUUUGCCCCCGGUAAUGCGUUUGGCAGACCGCACCACCCUCUGGAGAGCCCUGUGGUUGCGGGCGGUGCAGUUGCCGUACCAGGUGGUGAUACAGCCCGACAGGAUGCUCUCAAUUGUGCAUCUGUAAAAGUUUGUGAGGGUUUUAGGUGCCAAGCUGAAUUUCUUCAGCCUCCUGAGGUUGAAGAGGCGCUGUUGCGCCUUCUUCACCACACUGUCUGUGUGGGUGGACCAUUUCAGUUUGUCGGUGAUGUGUACGCCAAGGAACUUGAAGCUUUCCACCUUCUCCACUGCGGUCCCAUCGAUGUGGAUAGGGGGGUGCACCCUCUGCUGUUUCCACGAUCAUCUCCUUUGUUUUGAUGACGUUGAGUGAGAGGUUAUUUUCCUGGCACCACACUCCCAGAGCCCUCACCUCUUCCCUGUAUGCGGUCUCGUCAUUGUUGGUAAUCAAGCCUACUACUGUUGUGUCGUCUGCAAACUUGAUGAUUGAGUUGGAGGCGUGCUUGGCCACGCAGUCAUGGGUGAACAGGGAGUACAGGAGGGGGCUGAGCACGCACCCAUGUGCCUUAUGGGGCCCCAGUGUUGAGGAUCAGCGAAGUGGAGAUGUUGUUUCCUACCUUCACCACCUGGGGGUGGCCCGUCAGGAAGUCCAGGACCCAGUUGUAUAGGGCGGGGUUCAGACCCAGGGCCUCGAGCUUGAUGAUGCGCUUGGAGGGUACUAUGUUGUUGAAUGCUGAGCUAUAGUCAAUGAACAGCAUUCUUACAUAGGUAUUCCUCUUGUCCAGAUGGGAUAGGGCAGUGUGCAGUGUGAUGGCGAUUGCAUCGUCUGUGGAUCUAUUGGGGCGGUAAGCAAAUUGAAGUGGGUCUAGGGUGACAGGUAAGGUAGAGGUGAAAUGAUCCUUGACUACUAGCUAGAGGACGAAAACCACACAUUUCAAUGUCAGUGAGAACUUGGUGUCCUAAGGGGUUAAACUGAGUGUCGAUCUAUUGAAUGCCAAUACACAAACUGAUGGUUGACUGGUGUCAUUGAUGAAGUGUCGGGUAGCUUUGCUGUGGAAGCCCAUCCGUUGACGUGUCAGAUCAACCAUAGAGGAUCAUACAUCCAUGUGUCAUGUAGCCCUGCUGAAGUCUAAAUGGACUGAUCGACCAGUGGAGAGGGACUGAUUUAAAAGUGUCUGAGCUUAGUCAUGACCAUCAAUCAUAACAUUGUGUGUGUGACCAUGUACACUGAGUGUACAAAACAUUAGGAACAUGUUCUUUCCAUGACAUAAACUGACCAGGUGAAUCCAGGUGAAAGCUAUGAUCGCUUAUUGAUGUCACUUGUUAAAUCCACUUCAAUCAGUGUAGAUAAAGGGGAGGAGAUGGGUUAAAAAUGAUUUUUAUGCCUUGAGACAAUUGAGACAUGGAUUGUGUAUGUGUGCCAUUCAGAGGGUGAAUGGGCAAGACAAAAUAUUUAAGUGCGUUUGAAAAGGUUAGGUGCCAGUCAUACCGGUUUGAGUGUGUCAAGAACUGCAACGCUGCUGGGUUUUUCACACUUAACAGUUUCCCGUGUGUAUCAAGAAUGGUCCACCACCCAAAGGACUUCCAUCCAACUUGACACAACGGGGGGAAGCAUUGGAGUCAACAUGGGCCAGCAUCCCUGUGGAACGCUUUCGACACCUUGUAGAGUCCAUGCCCCGACAAAUUCAGGCUGUUCUGAGGGCAAAAGUGGUGCAAUUGAAUAUUAGGACGGUGUUCCUAAUGUUUUGUACACUGAGUGUAUGUGUACACUUCCUCGUGUUUGUUUGUUUGUUUGUUUGUGUGUGUGUGUGUGUGUGUGUGUGUGUGUGUGUUGAUGCCUAUGUAUGUGCGUGCGUGAAGGUGUGUGUGUGUGUGAAGGCCAGUAGAAGGACACACUGCCUGUUUCUAUGCUAUGUACUAGCCUGUUGGUAGUGUGGAGACUGGACUGGGCUCAGUCUGAAAGCUUUGUUUCCUGGUGAUGAUGAUCAUAGAAUUCAUACUAGUAGAGCAGGUGCCUGUGAAAGUCCCUUCAGUUACACACGUUGACCACUAGAGAAUACUCUUUCUGUGUCUGUGAGUAGUGAUACUUUCAUGUACUGUUGCAUCAAAGCACAGAGCUGAAUCCUGUACUAGGUUGCUCAUUUACCGGAUUGUCCAUGUCAAAUGGCCAUUCACAGUGAUCGGUCAUUCAGUUAGUGUUUUGACUAUGGCUGAAAGCAGAGGGCUUCUUCUGACUGUAUGGAUUGGAGAGGGGAGAGGAGCAGUCAGGGUGAAGUGGAAAAGGUCAGAGAGACUUACAAGUGAAGAGAUUCAGCUUCACUGCCAGACUCUCAGGGUAUCACUAGAGGUUAAGUAGAUGCAGGCAGGCAGGUAGGCAGACUCAGCGCCAAGACCAAAUAAACCAUUGUAUUUGGCCAGAGUAAACACUGUGCAAAGACAGACUAUUGGAUGUAAUCUAGGGGCUUGUCGUUUAUGAGCACUUGAUUGAUUUUCUGUUUCUGAGGUGGCCUCUGAUAUUUGGCUGCCAAAACUUGAUUGUCUUAGUUAAGUAACACUUGAUUGACUUAGCAGAGUGACAUUUCAUUUACUUAGUUGAGUAACACUUGAUUGACUUAGCAGAGUGACAUUUAAAUGUUUUCAUUGAAUGACACUGACUUUAUUUCUGAUGUGUUUUCUCUGUCUGUCCUGCCCCCCAGAUUCCCAUGAUGCAGUUCUGCGGUUCAACGCAGCGCCUACAGAGGGCUACGUGAGGGAUGUGGGGAACAAGACCACCAUCCGCAUCAUCAACUCACAGGUGUGUGUCAUAAGACUAACAUGCAUGUCACAACCUAAGAGGCACUACAACAGGCUUCACAACACAGCAUGAAUAUUUGCCCGAAAUCAAGUGCCAUGUCUGAGUAAGUGGUUCAGCAUUUUGAAUAGGUCAUUACUAAUUCAAACACACAACAACAAGCAUCCACAUGAGCCUGAUUUGCAUAUGAAUGUGAUUAAUUCAAAGCAGGCACACGUGUAAUGAUCGUGUGUGUGUGUGUGUGUGUGUGUGUGUGUGUGUGUGUGUGUGUGUGUGUGUGUGUGUGAACCAGCUGUCCUCCAGUAUUAGGUAGGCAGUGAGUGAUCACCCUUAACCAUUAUGAGUAAGUGGGCUAUCACCACAGUUCCAGUUCAGUCAUCUUCUCCCAGUGAAGAAGCCAUCUUCUCCCACUCUCAGCACAGAGAACAACAUGCAGUAAAGACACACACACACACACACACACACACACACACACACACACACACACACACACACACACACACACACAGUAGCACAUUCUACUACUGUCACACUAACAAUCAAAGCAACCGCAGAGCUCAUUCUACUGUGUACCCACAGCUCCCAUGGAGAGAGCGAGUGUGUGUUUUCAUGUGUGCGGGCACUGCAGUGCUGCAUCUAGUUUCAUGUAUAACCUUUGACCCCUCCCCUUUACAGAUCCUGGCCGAUCCCAAGCACCGCUUUAACACCAGCUCCCUGUAUAAGAAGGUGACUCUGGUGGCCUGGGACCCUGCUCCGUACGCUGUCAACCUGCACAAGGUGUGUGGGAGUGUUUGUUUGUGUGUAUGUGUGUGUUUGUGUCCUCUUUCUCCCUAUAUCUCUCUCGCUCCCUCCUCCUCUUUCCCCCCUCUCUCUCUCUCACUCUCUUUCUCUCUCGCUCUCUCUCGCGCUCUCUCUUUGAGUAGAGGUGCAUGCUCAGUCACAAGUCCCGGGGAAAAUGACGAAGCCGUGAUGAUCAUUGUGAUAGGAGAAUAAGAGACUUCCUGUAGGAUAAAGGAGUGUAGAGAUGACCUGUUCACCAAGAGUCCAAUCCAGUUGUUCUGUAGACAUAAUGGGACCCAUGUCAUCCCAAAAGUUAUACUUUUGACUCAUCUGUCCAUAGAACAUUCUUCCAAGACUCUUGAUGAUCUUCCAGGUGCUUUUUGGCAAACUUCAGUCAACUUUUUGGACGAGAUGGGUCCCAUAAUGUCUGGCGAAAACCAAACACUGCAUUCCACAGUAAGAACCUCAUACCAACGGUCAAGCAUGGUGGUGGUAGUGUGAUGGUUUGGGGAUGCUUUGCUGCCUCAGGACCUGGACGACUUGCCUUAAUAGAAGGAAUCAUGAAUUCUGCUCUGUAUCAGAGAAUUCUACAGGAGAAUGUCAGGCCAUCUGUCUGAGAGCUGAAGCUGAAGUGCAGCUGGGUCAUGCAGCAAGACAAUGAUCCAAAACACACAAUCAAGUCUACAUGAAAAUUGUUAAAAAGCAACAAAUUUGAAGUUUUGGAAUGGCCUAGUCAAAGUCCAGACCUAAUCCCAAUUGAGAUGUUGUGGCAGGACUUGAAACGAGCAGUUCAUGCUUGAAAACCCACAAAUGUCGCUGAGUUAAAGCAGUUCUGCAUGCAAGAGUGGACCAAAAGUCCUCCACAACAAUGUGAGAGACUGAUCAACAACUACAGGAAGCAUUUGGUUGCAGUCAUUGCAGCAAAAGGUGGCACAACCAGUUAUUGAGUGUAAGGGGAAUAAUUACUUUUUCACACAGGGGAAUUGGGUGUUGCAUAACUUUGUUAAUUAAAGUAUCCAUUUAUUUAUUUAUUUGUAAACUCAGGUUCCCUUUAUCUAAUAUUAGGUUUUGGUUGAAGAUCUGAUAACAUUCAGGAUCAAAAAAUUGCAAAAAUAGAGAAAAUCAGAAUACUUUUUCACUGCACUGUAUAAGCAUCUAGCUCGCUUUGUUCACUGCUUGCUUGUUACAAUACCAAUUUGCUGAGGCGUGGAGCUCCUCAGUAAUAGCAGAGAGCUGAAUGGCAGUCAGACAUGUUGCCUAUCAGUCUCCAGAGCCCUCACCCACCCUCCCAGGCAAUUACACCCUGCAGUGGGACUCCACUCAAUGGUCCAGUGAGUGGAGUCCCACUGCAGGGUGUAAUUGCCUGGGAGGGUGGGUGAGGGCUCUGGAGACUGAUAGGCAACAUGUCUGACUGCCAUUCAGCUCUCUGCUAUUACUGAGGAGCUCCACGCCUCAGCAAAUUGGUAUUGUAACAAGCAAGCAGUGAACAAAGCGAGCUAGAUGCUUAUACAGUGCAGUGGAAAAGUAUUCUGAUUUUCUCUAUUUUUGCAAUUUUUUGAUCCUGACAGGUAGUAACAGGUGAAAGGUUCAGAGGUCUAUUUCUUGCAUUAGAAAACACCAUUAGUUUAGUUUUGUCAGUAUUGAGGAUAAGCUUCAAUUGACACAAGGUAUGUUGAACAGUAUAAAAAGCAGUUUGCAAGUUUUGGAAAGCUUUUGUAAGAGAUGAGGCACAACAGUAAAUAACAGUAUCAUCAGCAUAAAAAUGAAGUUGUGCAUUUUGGACAUUUUUGUCUAAAUCAUUAAUAUAAAUAGUGAAUAAGAGAGGACCAAGUACAGAGCCCUGGGGCACACCAUUCAGGACAGACAAUUUAACAGACAUAAGCCCAUCAAAUUGAGUGCACUGAGUUCUAUCAGACAGAUAGUUAGCAAACCAUGCAACUGCAUGCUCCGAAAGACCUACACUCAACAAUCUCUGCCUUAGUAUAGCAUGAUCAACUGUAUCAAAAGCCUUAGAGAGAUCAAUAAAAAGUGAGACACAGUGCUGUUUUUUGUCAAGGGCUUCAGUGGUUUUAAAAGUACUGUACUCCUCAGGCAAAACGCAUGUGAAAAAGAGAUUAGAGUUUAUUCCUGUGGUUUUUCCUGCAAUAUGUUAUCUAGCAUUGUCCAAUAUGUAGUUGGUCCAGGAAUAUGUUGCAAAAUGUCAUAACAUAUUCCAGGAAUAGCUACAGGAAUCAACUUCCUUCAAUCUGUCUCUUUGUUUAACUCUUUGUCUGUCUGUCUGUUUCUCUGUGGUAUGCCAGUCUAGAGUAGACUAUAACUAUUACCCCUCCCCCCUCUCUCGCUCUCUCUCCCUCUUUCUCUGUCCCCCUCUCUCUUAAACCCCCUUCCUCAUUCUCUCGCUAUCCCCCUUCUCUCUCUCUCUCUGACAGUGGUAUGCCAGUCCAGACUAUAACCUGUUCAGUCCGUACAUGGAGCACCGGAGGCUCCAUCCCACCCAGCCCUUCUAUGUCCUCCACCCCAAAUAUGUGUGGCAGCUCUGGGACGUCAUCCAGGGCAACACCCAGGAGACCAUCCAGCCCAACCCACCCUCCUCAGGGUUCAUAGGUGAGACUGUGUAUACCCACAUGUGUAUACACACGUACAAGCAAGCACAUUGACACGCACACACAUACACACGCACACACACACACUCACACACUUACACAAGUGUUCUAUAAAGCAGGCUCUGUGGUUAUAAUGUUAACGUAAAAGUCCGAUAUGCAGCCAGUCGACCCCUCCAUGUUGUGUAAGACAGUGCUUGGACUCAGCAUCUGCUUGGCGUCAUGUUAUUGUGUUAUUAUAAAACAGCCCUACAGGACCUAUAGCAACACUCACAGGGCUAUUAAAACCUAGCGUACGUCAGAAUCAGAACAGUGUCAUCCUUAUUUACAGCUAUUAGGACCCCAGGAAGAGGUGUGUGUGUGUGUGGGGGGGGUACGCCACAGUGGGUUUAAGAGCCACAGAAGGUUUCUACAUCUCUCCCCAUCCUCCCCUUCUCCAGACCACUUCCUGGGUUAUGCAUGCAUCAAGUAGUACAGGGCUGUAUGGUGUGUUGCAGUAGGAUUUGGGGUGUUGUUUAUGUAUACGGUAGUCGUUGAGUCAGACCCCCAUAUGUCCAAUUUGGGGAGAACAAUGUCUCACAGAGAUUUUAUUGAAGGACUAUCUUUGUCCCUAAUAAUGAAGUGUAGUGGUGUAUUGCAGUGUGAUAUUACAAAUUGUUUACGUAAUUAUAAUAUUAUAAUUAAGUACAUUUCAAUUGCUCAGUAGACCAGUGAAAUAAAAAAUCACACAAGAAACACACAGAGACACGUUGAAUUCAGAGCUUUCUUUGUACAGGUUCUGAUGAAGGGGAAAAGGGCAGGGGAAGAAGACUGGGAGGGGGGUGGUAGGUACCCCAAACAUCACACAUGAGUUCAUGAGUUCAAAGCCACUUCUCCCCAAACAAAAUGCUGGCAGGUCCGGCAAUAGUCCCAUUCUCAGUCUGAGAUCCAUGUAGUUCCACAAUAGAAAAGUCCAAGAUCAAACCUUCAGUCCGAGAUCACCCACAGUCACAAUAUCACCCACAGUCACCAGUGUACCAGUAUCCUUCAGAGCUGUACUGCUCAGUAUUUGUUCUCUUGAUCAACUUUGAUAGUCUUUGUAGUCUUUAUCAGCUCUUUACUGGAUAUCCCAUAGCUUAUUGCACUGCAGUCAGUGGCUGUAUCUCAAAUCGCAGCCUAUUACCCUUACUUCUUUCCAGAGCCCUAUGUAGUGCACUACGUUCGGGAAUAGGGUGCGAUUUGAGAUGCAGCCACAGACCUUCUCAUCCGUCUUCACAGUCAGGACAGUACAGAGGAUGGGAGUAGGGUAACCGCUGGGUGGGUGGGUGUGUGUGUGUGUUUGUGUGUGUGUGUUAGAGAGGUGGGGUCAGAGUGUGUGUGUGUGUGUGUGUGUGUGUGUGUGUGUGUGUGUGUGUGUGUUGGGGGAUGAAAUAUGACAGAGAUACACCGUUUUACUUGGGCAAUGCGGUGUGUGUAGAGAAUAAGCACUGAGGUUUUGCGAGUGUAUUGAGCAAUGGUUUUUACACCUACACAGAGACAAGCAGACUGAGCCAGAGAGAACAGGCAGAGUGAGAUCAAAUGGUACACACACACUCAUACACAUAAUUCAUAACCACACACACCCUCUCUCCCUUUUGAAUGCAGCACACAUGCUCACUCUAUUGUACAGCCCCCGUCAUGCAUACAUACACAGAAACAUACUUUCUCUUGCACACACAGCAUGCACAAUUUCACUCCUACAUACAGGUAAACACAGCAGUCAGUAAACAAAUGGAAGGGGUUGGGCUCGAGCAGACGAGAGCAUGGGGCCUGGAGCCUAUUGGUCGGCACGGUACAGUAGCUAGCUAGCUGGGCCAUGUAUCAUCAUCCACCAGGCCUUCCCGGCGUGCCCGCUCAUGAGGGAGUGACCUCGGGCGGGUUGAUGUUAGUGUGCUCGGUGGCCGGGGUGCUGCAGCCAUGGUUCUGGAUGCCCGUGGAGAUCUGGGCGGUGCACGCCACCGUGUUGCUGUAGACGCGGCGGUUAAGCUGGAUGGCGGUGGUCUUGGAAGGCAUGGAGGAUUGGCCGUUCUCCACGGAGCGCCGUUCAUACCGGAUCAGUAUCAGGAAACACUUGUAGAACUGAGGGGAGGGAGGAGGAGGGAGAGAUUAUAGGGGAGAAACAUGGCAGGGCAGAUAUGGAAGAAUGGGGUGAGGAAGACCAAAGGAAGAGAUGGAGGAAAAGGCUGUUAGUAUUUACUGCUUGGUGGUAGCAUAAAACCUGAAUGUGGAAGGUGUCUCUACAGCAAAGACAAGCGAAAACUAGCAUUCAUACAUAGAGAUCCUUUAUUUAUCAUUUUUAUACCGGUAUUGUUCCAUGUUACCAUAGUAGCUGAUGAUUCUAUGGGCUCUAUCCUGCUAUCUCUGGGUUGUAUGAACAGGGUCAUUCAGGAGUGCUAAUAUAACGUCACUUCCAUUCUUGGUCAAUAAAGUUUUAACACUUCAACUGCACUUAUUAUUUGGUGACCUUCUCGCUUGAUUGUAUAUAACAACAACACACGCACACAUGCACACUCGUGGAGAGAGAUAGGUCAUGGAAUGGACACCCACACCUCUGUUCAGUCUCCCUUGAGAGGUUGGACAAAGGUAAACAGGAAGUGAGGUGGGAGAGAGGGAAUGGCCCUUUAAGGACUUCAGUGCAUCAGCAGAGUAGCGUGUUCUUGCCGUGUUUAGCGUGACCUCACAGGCCAUUAAACAUGCUACAUACAGUAGUACAUCACACCAACACGGAUGCCCCCAGAGCCAUGUACAUCAUGUCAACUCAGCUGUCUCUUCCUGUAUUACUAUUUCUCACUCUCACGGUUGACUGACCCACGAGAGAUAACAUAGUGUACAUCAGGAAGGCAGAGUACCCGUACACUGUUUAGAUGAUCCUGUAGUUCCUAUAGCAAUGUAUACUCUAAACUUUGAUGAAGACCCUUUGUGGUUGAAACAUUGCCAAAUAACUGAGUGCACAUUAUUUUGGAGUGGCGGUAGAGUGGGAAAAGAAGCUGAUACUAGCUCUGCCUCUUUAGUCCUGGCUGGCACAGCACAGAGACAGAGUAUAAACAGAUGUUUUUGUGUGUGUGUGUGUGUAUGUGAACAAGAAUGGAUUUGGAGGUGAAUUUAGGGUGUUUAUGUGUGAGAGAGGCACAUGGUUACUCAAGGUAUGCAGACUGUAGUCUCUGUAUGAUGUGUAUUUAUGUAAACAGUGUGUCAUGUGUGUACUGGGUGGUUCAUAAUUGGUUGGUAUCCAAACUCAAUGUAUGUUCUGUUUUACUAUAGUUAAGUGAAACAAUAGUGCAACAGAGCUUGGAUACCAGGCAACUUCAUAAUCACGUAAAUCAAUGUAAGGACUGCGUGUUUUGUAGAAUGUAUAACUUGUAUGUGUGAGUGUGUGUGUAUAUACUAGACCAGUGGUUCUAAACUGGUGGGCCGCGACCCAAAUUUUGUUCGCGGGAGGUUUUGAAUGUAUAUAUACACUGAGGGUACAAAACAUUUAAGAACACCUUCCUAAUAUUUGGUUGCACCCCCCCUUUUUGUCCUAAGAACAGCCUUAAUUCGUCGGGGCAUUGCUCGACAAGGUGUUGAAAGCCUUUCACAGGGAUGCUGGCCCAUGUUGACUCCAAUGUUUCCCACAGUUGUGUCAAGUUGGCUGGAUGUCCUUUGGGUGGUGGGCCAUUCUUGACACACACAGGAAACUAUUGAGCGUGAAACCCAGUAGCGUUGCAGUUCUUGACACAAACCGGUGCACCUGGCACCUACUACCAUACCCCGUUCAUAGGCAUUUAAAUAUUUUGUCUUGCCCAUUCACCCUCUGAAUGGCACACAUACACAAUCCAUGUCUCAAUUGUCUCAAGGCUUAAACAUCAUUUUUAACCUGUCUCCUCCCCAUUCAUCUACACUGAUUGAAGUGGAUUUAAUAAGUGACAUCAGUAAGUGAUCAUAGCUUUCACAUGGAUUCACUUGGUCAGUCUGUCAUGGAAAGAGCAGGUGUUCAUAAUGUUUAUACACUCAGUGUAGAUCUUUUUUUUAUGUAAAAAAUGUGGGAUGUAAAAACGUGUCUGAAUUUAAACAACUAACCGGUAGAAAGUGUGUAGAAAUAAUAAUGAACCUACAUGAAAAAAUUAUUGGGCAACCCAUUCUGCAUCAUAUGAUGCAAAAUGCAUCAUACUGGCUGUAUUUCUGUAUUUUCAAAGUUGUAUAUCUUUAAAACUUGAUUGCUGACAUGCAAAACAUUUUGGGACUAUAUCAACAACGGACAAAUAAAACAAAUACCUAAAGAGUUUUUGGGUGGAAUUGUCCUUUAACCACAGUAUUUUCAAUAUAGAGCUAAUAGCAGCGCUAUUUAGUAGAUUUUGUGGUCUCAAACUAGUGAGCUUGCCAACAUUCUUCAUCAAGAAUAUGAGCAAUAUGGAAUUAUUGACAAUGGAAAAGGUGGGAAUGUUGUUCUCUUAUCUAAAUACAGUGCAUUCAGAAAGUAUUCAGACCCCUUCCUUUUUUCCACAUUUUGUUACGUUACAGCCUUAUUCUAAAAUGGAUUACAUUUAUUUUUUCCCUCAUCAACCUACACACAAUACCCCAUAAUGACAAAGCGAAAACAGGUUUUUAGACAUUUUUGCAAAUUUAUUAAAUAUAAACAACAGAAAUACCUUAUUUACAUAAGUAUUCAGACCCUCUGCUAUGAGACUCGAAAUUGAGCUCAGGUGCAUCCUGUUUCCAUUCAUCAUCCUUGAGAUGUUUCUACAACUUGAUUGUUGUCCACCUGUGGUAAAUUCAAUUGAUUGGACAUGAUUUGGAAAGGCACACACCUGUCUAUAUAAGGUCCCACAGUUGACAGUGCAUAUCCGAGCAAAAACCAAGCCAUGAGGUCGAAGGAACUAUCGGUAGAGCUCCAAGAGAGGAUUGUGUCGAGGCACAGAUCUGGGGAAAGGUACCAAAAAAUGUCUGCAGCAUUGAAGGUCCCCAAGAACACAGUGGCCUCCAUCAUUCUUAAAUGGAAGAAGUUUGAAACCACCAAGACUCUUCCUAGAGCUAGCCGCCCGGCCAAACUGAGCAAUCGGGGGAGAAGGGCCUUGGUCAACGAGGUGGCCAAGAACCCGAUGGUCACUCUGACAGAGCUCCAGAGUUUCUCUCUGGAGAACCUUCCAGAAGCCCAACCAUCUCUGCAGCACUCCACCAAUCAGGCCUUUAUGGUAGAGUGGCCAGAUGGAAGCCACUCCUCAGUAAAAGGCACAUGACAGCCCGCUUGGAGUUUACCAAAAGGCGCGUAAAGGACUCUCAGACCAUGAGAAACAAGAUUCUCUGGUCUGAUGAAACCAAGAUGGAUCUCUUUGGCCUGAAUGCCAAGCGUCACGUCUGGAGGAAACCUGGCACCAUCCCUAUGGUGAAGCAUGGUGGUGGCAGCAUCAUGCUGUGGGGAUGUUUUUCAGCGACAGGGACUGGGAGACUAGUCAGGAUCAAGGGAAAGAUUAACGGAGAAAAGUACAGAGAGAUCCUUGAGGAAAACCUGCUCCAGAGUGCUCAGGUUCACCUUCCAACAGUACAACGACCCUAAGCACACAGCCAAGACAACGCAGGAGUGGCUUCGGGAAAAGUCUCUGAAUGUCCUUGAGUAGCCCAGCCAGAGCCCGGACUUGAACCUGAUCGAACAUCUCUGGAGAGACCUGAAAAUAGCUGUGCAGCGACGCUCCCCAUCCAACCUGACAGAGCUUGAGAGGAUCUGCAGAGAAGAAUGGGAGAAUCUCCCCAAAUACAGGUGUGCCAAGCUUGUAGCGUCAUACCCAAGAAGACUCAAGGCUGUAAUCGCUGUCAAAGGUGUUCAACAAAGUACUGAGUAAAGGGUCUGAAUACUUAUGUGAAUGCAUAUAUAUGUUUUUUAUUUGUAAUACAUUUGAAAAACAUUCUAAAAACCUGUUUUCACUUUGUCAUUAUGGGGUAUUGUGUGUAGACUGAUGAGGAAAAUGUAAACAAUUUAAUCCAUUUUAGAAUAGUGCUGUAACAUAACAAAAUGUGGAAAAAGUGAAGGGGUCUGAAUACUUUCCGAAUGCACUGUAAUUGCUACAUUUACUGUCAAUAUAGUAUAACAAAUAGUUUUCCAGAUUGCAUUUCAGCCCCAAAAAAUUUUAAUAUGCGAUGUGAAUAUUGGGUCGCAACUGCGACAACCUGGUUAAAUUUGGGUCCCGAGGAAAGACCAGUUGAGAACCACUGUGCUAGACCAUCUAACCCCUUUUUCUCUACCUUGUCGUUGUAAUGACAGGCAUCCUCCUCAUGAUGGCGCUGUGCGACGAGGUCCACGUUUAUGAGUACAUCCCCUCGCUGCGGCAGACAGACCUGUGCCACUAUCACGAGCGCUACUACGACGCAGCCUGCACCCUGGGGGCGUACCACCCUCUGCUUUACGAGAAGAGCCUGGUGCAGCGCAUCAACACGGGCCCCGAGCGAGACCUGAAGAGGAAGGGCCGCGUCACACUCCCUGGCUUCAGCACCGUCAACUGUGACCUCUGA